CAAUUUCGGGGUCAACUUCACGAUGGUCGAUCAAGGGCUGGUGCUUCGUGUAUACAAUUUCGAGUCCUGGGCUUGACGCGGGCUACGUCAUGGCAGCAAGGUGACAAUGUCAAAAUCAUGGUCCUCCACCUUGAUGCUGCCAAAGUCGACCCUCCCUCCUCGACCGCUUCCCAAGACCCGAGACCUCUACAUACAGAGAUGUGCCGAUGACUUCUACGACUGGCAACGCACGAACAGGCCGAGUAAAGAUCUAUUUGUCAUCCACGAUGGGCCCCCUUAUGCCAAUGGCUCGCUCCACGUCGGCCACGCCCUCAACAAGAUCCUCAAGGACAUGAUCAAUCGGGUCAAGGUUCAGCAAGGACGACGGGUAAACUACAUUCCAGGAUGGGACUGCCAUGGGCUGCCCAUAGAGCUCAAGGCGCUGGAGGCCGCCAAGGGGAAGAAGCUCUCCCGGCUCGAAAUCCGCAAGGCUGCCCGCAAUCUCGCCUCGAACACGAUUGUCAAGCAGAUGAAGGGGUUCCAGUCGUAUGGUGUCAUGGCCGACUGGAAGAGAAAAUGGACAACCAUGGACCCGUCCUUCGAAAUCAGGCAGCUCCGUCUGUUUCAGGCCAUGGUCCGCAAAGGGCUCAUCUAUCGCAAGUUCAAGCCGGUGUACUGGUCGCCGUCAUCCCAGACAGCGCUAGCGGAGGCCGAGCUCGAGUACAGAGAUGACCAUGUGUCAAACGCUGCCUGGAUCCGGUUCCCAAUCUCUGAGGCUUGGAAUGGCCACCCACAGCUCCAGAAGAUUCAGGACAAGGUUUCUGGUCAACUGUAUGCUGUCAUAUGGACGACUACCCCGUGGACCUUGCCCGCGAACAGGGCCAUCGGCGUACACGACGACCUCAACUAUUGCGUGGUGAAAGCUGGCUCUGCUACAUAUCUCGUUGCCGAGAGUCGACUCCAUGCAUUCCUUCCAAUACUUGCAGACACGAGCGCCGAAGUUGUGGCUACCCUGCUAGGCAGUGACCUUACUGGGCUCACAUACCACAACCAGCUGCAAGGCAGACACGCCGAGGAGCAGUCAAUCAUUCAUGCCGAUUUCGUAUCGGCGGACUCUGGAUCGGGCCUUGUUCACUUGGCUCCUGGACACGGCAUGGAUGACUACUUGGUAUGCAGUGCGCACGGCAUCUCCGUGUCUGCGCCGAUUGACCAGACUGGCAAAUUCACUGCCGAAGCAUAUCCCGAUGACCCUGAUGUGCUCUGCCAAGCUCCAUCAGUGAUUGAAGGAGGCGGCAAGAAGGUUCUCGAGCUUCUCCAAGCUCACGGCGAUGUCUUGUCGGUCAAGGACUACACACACAAAUAUCCGUAUGACUGGCGCACGAAAAAGCCAGUCGUCAUCCGCGCCACGGAGCAGUGGUUUGCAGAUGUCGGAUCGAUCAAGAAAGAUACACUCGACGCGCUCGAGGAUGUGAGAUUCUUCCCCGAAGGUGGCAAGACUCGCCUCAGCAGCUUCGUGACUGGCCGCAGCGAAUGGUGCAUAUCUCGCCAGCGUGCUUGGGGCGUGCCCAUCCCUGUGCUGUUCGACGAGAGUGGUACAGCAGUGGUAAACGACGGGAUUAUCGAGCACAUCAUCAAAGUGAUCCAAGAGAGAGGGUCGAAUGCGUGGUGGUCAGACCCGGAAGAUGAUCCAGCCUGGAUCCCAGCUUCACUGACUGGCAAACACACGCGAGGCACGGGCGACACGAUGGACGUCUGGUUUGACAGUGGUAGCAGCUGGACUAUGAUGGACAACCGAGCUGAUGUCUAUCUCGAAGGCUCUGAUCAACACCGUGGCUGGUUCCAAUCCAGUCUACUGACACGAAUCGCAGCUGGCGCGGUGGGCGAAGUCAAGGUCGCGAAGGGUGCCCCGUUCAAGCAGUUGAUCACACAUGGCUUCACGCUAGACGGUGAAGGAAAGAAGAUGUCAAAGUCACUUGGCAACAUUAUAGAGCCCCACGAGGUCAUGGAAGGUUCCCUGCUGCCGCCUUUAAAGCAGAAGGGCAAGGCGGCCCAAGGCCCGCCCAAGUACGACGCUCUUGGACCGGAUGCGUUGCGGCUGUGGGCAGCCAGCGGGGACUACACCAAAGACGUCGCUAUUGGCAUAUCGGCCCUGCAACAGGUUCAGAACACGCUGGUCAAGUACCGCGUGAUCAUCAAAAUGUUGCUUGGCUCCAUGCAUAAGUCAGCACGGACCGCGCCCCUGUCAGUGGCGGACAACAUUGCCAUCAUCCAGCUUGAGGACGCGAUGCGGGAGGUGGGGCAUGCGUUCGACAACCACGAGUUCCAUCGCGCGUGUGUUGCGCUGAACAAGUACGUCUCGAAAGAUCUGUCCGCCUUCUAUCUCGAGGCUCUCAAGGACCGACUGUACUGCGGCGAUGGCGGCGGUGUCCUCGAGCCAAUUUUCAAUGGACUACUGAGGAUGCUGGCGCCCAUGACGCCACUACUCGUCGAAGAAGCUUGGGAGCAUCGUCCCCAGUGGAUGAAGGAGGACUCGACUGUGAUACAUCCGCUACACCAGCUCUACAACGAUCCUCUUGUCGAGCCAGACAGACUGCGCACUGAUAUCGCCUCUGUGCGCGGAGAUGUCCCCACCAUCAUGAUGCUCCACAGCGCCGUCAUGAGCUGUCUCGAGCUCGCUCGCACGGACAAGCGCAUUGGUUCGGGGUUGCAGUCGCAUGUCGUGCUGCAGGUUCAAGACGAAAAGGUGCAAUCUGUGCUUGGCAGAUAUACUGAGGACGAGCUCGCGAUGAUGUUUGUCGUCUCCUCGCUUGAUAUUGUCAAGGACGCCGCAGACGUUCAGAAAGAUGGGACAUACAUAUACGAGCAUAAGCUUGCCGGCGACGUCGCCACAGUCUACGUAUUACCGCCAAAGGCCGAGAAGUGUCCUCGCUGCUGGAGAUAUCAGGCCCCCGCCGAGGAUGCACUCUGCGGUCGAUGCGAGGACCUGGUCGCACAGUGAGUCGACGGACACAUGUAUAAUAGACCCGGAAGGGACAUCUGUACAACAGCGAUAGAGGAAAGAGCCCACGAUGUAACAACAAGUACAAUAUUACUUAAGAAAACUCAAGAAUAUCCAGCAAUGUCUAUGCACUCUUAAUAACGAAGCCAACUCGACAUGACAAACUUGAAAGACACAAUCCGACAUAAUUAAACUACACUUUAUCGCUUAUCCCGGGGUUUCACAUCGAGUCGUCCUCUGUGUCCAGGUCCUCCACCUUGUGCCCGAUCCGCAGCCGUCUAAGCUCGUCUGUCG